AUGUCAGGCGUUGCCAGCUUCAAUGAUAUUUCAAGAUUUAUACCAGGCUUAACUAGAUAUCGCUAUAGCUUGGCCAACCUGCAUCGCUUACAGUAUGGUAGCGGGGCUCCCACAACGCACCACCCUUCGCCGAGGAUAAAGGUUGAUCUGAAGCAACUUGACCAUUUUUUAUCGUAUAUAACAAGUCCGCAUUUGGUGCAGGAUCUACCAUUUGGGCAGAAAACGUUGAAACUCUCUUCUGGCCACCUGGUUGAGAUACCAAACGUCAUAAGGACGAUGAUACCCCAAAGAAUAGCACGUCAGUACGCUCAGUACUGCCACGAAACUGGCUUUAAACCAUUCAGUGAGCGUACUAUGCUUCGUGUAUUGGAGGAAUGCAAGGCCUCGGUCCGAAAAUCUCUCCAAGGACUUGACUACGUGGCCGCAGACGGUGCGCGUGCCUUUGAAGACUUAGAGAAUUUAGUCCGCCGACUUGGAGAGCUCGGUCUCGGGAAAGAGUGGGAGUUGCAGUACGUGGAAUUGCUCAAGGGUUCAAAAUUAUACCUUAAAAGUGAUUUUAAGGUAAGGCUUAAUUAAAAAUAAUAAUACCGUAUUUUUUCGAAUAAGCGCCCAACCUCGAAAAAGCGCCCACCUCGAUUAGGUGCCCAGCCUCGAAAAAGUGCCCACCCCCUUUUCCUCCCACGCAAACUAAAAUAAGCGCCCACCACCACCCCACCACCUCCCUCCUCUAACCCCCCGAAAAAUAUUGAAUAAGUACUCAAGAGACUUCCCCGAAGGCGGAGUUUUCUUCAGAGUAUUUUACAGAAACCUUUUGUUACAUCUUCGCGUUUGGUACUACCAUUUAUUGUUUUGUUACAAAAUAAACAUACUACUUUUGCUGAAAAUGGUGAAAAUUUAAUAAGCGCCCAGCCUCGAAUAAGCGCCCACUCUCAAGGUCCAAAAAUUUAAUAAGCGCCCAGGGCGGUUGAUCGAAUAAAUACAGCAAUUGGAAAGAAUUUAAUCAUUCUUUACAAAGACUUUAAGUAUAAAAUUUAAAGAAUGAUUUUAAUUGUCACUAUUUGUUACAAUAAAUGCUGUGUGUUUUAAACAUCUUACAGGUCCACGUGUGUUCUUCAUCUGAGAUUGCGAGUCAUUGCAGUGUGUUUGCCUUAAGUGACUCCACCAGUCCUGAUCUGCAGCAGCAGUGUAGCCACAAACACGAAGAAUGCUGUGAGCAAUGUGAGAUCCUGCACUCAACUCUUCAGAACAUUUCCUCUGCAGUAGAAAGAGCAUCGUUUGCCACGCAAGAUGACAAAGAAGAGGCCCUGUUCUUAGUCAACGCUUCUGUGCUUGCCAUCCAGUCAUGGAAAUGUCAUCUGCUGAGGUCGGCUCACCAGGACCAGGCUCGUUUGGACGCUAUCGACGCUCUUGAUCAGGAGACAGUUUUUAUCGUCAACGACUGGGCGAUGAAGUUUCUUCCUCAUAGAUACCGUGAGUCCCAAACGGACUGGUUUGGCAAGCGUGGGUUAUCAUGGCACAUAUCGGUGGUGUACAGACGGAAGGAGGAGGAACUACAGUGGCAAGCCUUUAUCCACGCAGUUCAGUCCUGCAGCCAGGGGAGUUCAGCUGUGGCAUCCAUAAUGCAUCAUGUCUUGGAAACACUCAAGCACGAGCACCCUGAGACAAACAAAGCCUACUUCAGACAAGACAACGCAGGCUGUUACCACUCCACUCGCACGAUACUAGCUUGCAGAGAGAUGGCAGCAAGCACUGGAGUAAAAGUAGUCCGCGUAGAUUUUAGCGAUCCCCAAGGCGGAAAAGGGGCAGCAGACCGGCUGGCUGCAAGCUGUAAAAGACAUAUCAGAGCGUUUAUUGAUGAAGGCAAUGAUGUUUGCACUGCCGAUGAGCUUAAAGACGCAUUAUUAUCGCAUGGUGGAUUGAAAGGUGUAAGAGUUGUUUCCCUUGAUACGAUCAUCGAAACACCUGACAGUGGGCAAACUAUUACUGGCAUUACAAAACUGAACAAUUUUGAGUUUAGCUCUACAGAGUCUGUUACCUGUUGGCGUGCGUAUUGUGUUGGUCGCGGAAAAAUCAUCAAUCCAGGAUCUUCAUCAAGUAAGUAUGGGAAUUAAAACUAAAAGUGAGCUACUGAGAAUUAAUGGAUGAGUUGCCGCUAAAUUUAAGUUCUGUAUUAAAAUGCAAAAGUGUAAGACCCUUACUUUAUUGGAGAACCUUACCAUACAAUAAUUAUCUGCAAGUACAUGUAUCAGAUACCUUUGGAGUCCCACACAAUAUUCUUGGUUCUGAUAAAUGAAGAAAUGAUUGUCGCAGUUGUAAGAGCAAUUUAAAGAAUUACCAUUUUGUUCAAUUUUUUGGGUGGCUUAAACGGGAAAACCCAUAAGUUCUACGUACGUUAGCGCGGCAGCGAUCUACUAACCGAGCUAUGAAUACCCAUGUAUUGGGAACAUACGUUUAUUUCUGUCAUGUUUGCUUUAAAAACUUAUAAAUGAUUUGAAAAAGAAAUCAGAAAACAACUCUUUAUUGGUAUUAAUUUAUUUACCCAAGGUCCUCGAUACCAAGUACUUCAGAAAUCAUUCUCCGAAGGAGAUUUUACUUCCUUCCGAUGUAAAUCUGAAAAACAGGUUGGACAGACAGCUUCAACAUCAGCAACUGUGGCCGAGCCAUCUGGUGUCAUUUCGGAAGACAGUGACCUAUCCACAGGGGUUUAUUCCUGUCCUCAAGACGGCUGCGUUCGUGUGUUCCAAAGAGUGUCUGCUUUAGAGAAACAUCUAUCUGUAGAAAAAUGUUCCCGAUCCCCGGAUAAAUAUUCUCUAAUGGAUUUAGCGAAAAUGGGGUACAAGACCCAUUUGGAAGAAGGCGUUGGCAUAUUGCCCUCUCUUAAAGCCCCAGUUGCUCACCAGGAGGGUCACUUUGUAUCAAAUGAGGGAUGGGCCCUCAGAGCAGCAAAGAAGGCGUAUAGAUUCAGCGAAAAGCAAAAGUCUUACUUACGGGCGAAAUUCUCUAUCGGUCAAACAACGGGCCGUAAGCUUGACGCCGAGGUUGUGGCGAGGGAAAUGAGACGCGCCCGUGGAGCAGAUGGUGUGCGACUUUUCCAGUCCUCAGAAUUCCUAACCAGUUUGCAGAUUGCGUCCUUCUUCUCAAGGCAAAGCGCUAUACUACGGCAAAAGGACCCAGCAGAUGAAGCCGAUAUCCGGGCAUCUCAAGAGGAAGCUAACUUUAGUGCAGCGAAGGAGGUCGUUGAAACUAUUCAGCUCAACCAUCCUCUGGUAUACGAUCAGUACAACCUAUGUGAGAUGGCGCUCAGUGGUAACUUGAAAGUCCUCAAGCUACCGAUGCUUCAGCGCUUGUGCGAGGAUCUCGGCCUUGAUGCACCUGUCCCGCCUGUGCGCAAGAAGGCUCCAUACUUGGCAGUCUUAGAGGAAAUAGCCAAAAAGUGCACAUGCCGAAAGUAA